CUCGACGAACUGGUAAAACCUUAUUGCCUGACUGCGUUGCAAAGAGAAGGAUCGGUAGGGUUUUCUUUCGCCGGAGUUUCUCGCCGGAGAUGGAGUUAAUGGAGGCAUCUUCACAUCCUUCUCCUGCUCCCGCUUCUAUUAGCUAGAGCGACAAUGUAUAGAGAAGCUAAUUUGAUGAAUCAUGUUGUGUAUAUUGCAGUCCACAACGCCAUUUCUAUCUCGCCGUCGACAGAAUCCAGUUUAAGAUGGUCCAUCUCUUGCUCUAUUUACGUUUCAGAGACAUUGGUGGAUCUAUUAGAAAUGGCAGGGCGUCGGCCAUGGCUGCCAAUGGUGGUUUGUUGCAGCACACGAGAUGAGCUUGAUGCUGUUUGUUCUUCCAUCUCCAACAUCUCUUACAUCACUGUUACACCUCUGUAUAGUGACCUUACUGAAGCUGAACGUGCAUUGAUUCUAGAUAAAUUUCGCUAUGCAACAACAAAAUGGAAUCAAAAUUCAGCAUCCAUUCAAUCUGGAGAUGAAAAGGAAGAACAGAAAUCUCAUAUGAUAGUUGCAACUGAUUCUUGUCUUCCUCUUCUUGCUUCAGGAGAAUCAUCCAUCAGUUCUAGUGUUCUUAUAAACUAUGAACUCCCAACAAAAAAGGAAACAUAUAUGAGGCGAAUGACAACAUGUUUGGCUACAGAUGGGAUUGUGAUUAACAUGGUUGUUGGGGGAGAAGUGGUGGCACUUAAAACCAUUGAGGAAAGCAGCAAUCUUGUGAUUGCAGAAAUGCCAAUAAAUAUUUUUGAAAUGUUUUAAAGACAUUUUUUUGGGGUUUCUUUCAAGUGAAUUGGUAAUCAGGUAUCAUAGAUAUGAGUCCCUUUAUAUGAUUACAAUUUACAAGAACUAUUUUGUUAAAACAAUAACAUGUGAUUUUUAAGUAAAGUUAUCUUAUUAGACUUUUGAGAGA